AUGACCGUCAAUCAUUUGUUCGUUAUCUCUGCUGCUGCUCUCGAGUCGUAUUUUUACUGCAUUGAAUGGUUUGGUCACGGAGGAAAACGAGCGCCUAUCAGUCUCCAAGAAAAAGAAGGCGGGGCAGAUAAGAGGUACGAACAAGCACGUUGCAAGAUCUCAAAGUUGCAUGUUUUCCCUGUAGAAUUUCGAAACGUCUUUAUCAUUUAUUCUUCAUUCCGUCCUCAAUCUCUUCUGAAAGGCGCUGGAGGCUCUUUUGGUGUUGCUUUUCUCUUAUGGAUCUUGUGUGGAUUACUCAGCUACACAGGCGCUUUGUGUUUCGCCGAAUUGGGGGUUCGUGUAAAGAGUUCCGGUGGCCAUUAUGUUUAUGUGAAAGAAAGUUAUGGAGAUCGGGUAGGAUUUAUGUUUUUGUGGGCGCAGUGCAUUCUCAUCUUGCCGAUGGGCCUUAGUAUAGCUGCUUUAGCGACUGCAGAAUACAUUUUGAGGCCAGCUUUCUUAGAUUGCCCUGCCUGGAUACCAAGAGAAGGGAAAAGGUCCAUUGCAACCGCCGCCUUAUGUAAGUAA